ACCUCAACUUACAAGUCAAGAAAGAGAAAUACCUUCCUCAGCUUUGGGAGCUAUUGAGGCUCUCAUUCUGGAUAAACACUGGUUACUAAAAAGCUUUAUUAAAGCUUAGGUUGAAAAGCUUUAAGGAGUCUACAGCUUUUGGUAACUUUUAUUUGUAUUCCUCUUUCCUAGAUAUUGAGGUUGCAUGUUAUGGUUAUGAAGGCAUAGAUGCAGUAAAAGAAGCUUUGAGAGCAGGCUUGAACUGUUCCACGGAGAACAUGCCCAUUAAAAUCAAUCUGAUAGCCCCUCCUCGUUACGUGAUGACAACAACAACACUGGAGAGAACUGAAGGGCUUUCUGUUCUAAAUCAAGCCAUGGCUGUAAUUAAAGAAAAAAUUGAGGAGAAGAGAGGAGUCUUCAAUGUGCAGAUGGAGCCUAAGGUGGUUACUGACACAGAUGAGACUGAGCUUGCGAGGCAGUUGGAGAGACUGGAGAGGGAAAAUGCUGAAGUGGAUGGGGAUGAUGAUACUGAGGAAAUGGAAGCCAAAACUGAAGACUAAAUAUUCUCAGAUAUUUAGAAGAGACAGACCGUAUGAAAAAUUAGAGACCCCAUUGCAAACACUCUGGACUAAAUGUUUCCAGUAUUGAAAACUUUAAAUGCAAAUAUUUGAAAUGUGUUACUGUUUUAAAAAGACCAAUAUGUGAAAGGCUCUUCUAAAUAACAUGUGAUGCAGCAACUUACACAAGUUGAAUCCUUUGCAGGGAAGAUUCCUAGUCAAAUUCAAGACACCAGUCUGGCCAGAGGGAGGUUGCGGCCCCAUGCUUAACACUUUCAUACAUAACAAAUCCUAACUGGUGUUUACUGCUCAAUGCAUCUCUUACUGAUCUUUCCUGGGAGCACCAAAACCAAGCAAGCUGAACAGUUCUAUACAGAAUGUAUUUGAGCGAAUAUUCAAUAAAUUUCUGGGCUAUGUAACU